AUGGACGACAGAACACUAGACGAACCAGCAUUUUCAAAUAUCAGGGUUCUUCUUCUUGGAACUUCGGCAGAUUUCCUAAGAUUCAUUCUCGAAUGGACCAUUUGUUGGAAUUCCAAGGCGAGCUUAGUUACAGCAGACAAUUUACACAGUUCUAGCGAUCUGACGACUAGUAUCAUUACGCUCUUGGUCAUUUUAACGACGCAACAUCUAUACAAGACCGGUACAGCUUCAUGGAAGCUUGAAUCUUUUGAAAACUUCUUGUCUUUGUUUGUUGCGACAUCGCGAAUAGGGUUGGCUCUCCAUACAACAUGUGAGAGCAUGAUAUCCCUCAAGUUUAGAAGUCGCAGAGAAGCGGACGGCCAGAUCCUCAGAAACACGCAUUCUGAGACUAUCUGGAUCGCUAUUUUAACAAUAUUUGUGAAGGAAUGGAUGCAUCGCAAAACUCUACAGGCCGCCGAAGCGACAGAUUCGGCAUUACUCACUACCGUAGCCAGACACCACUGUAUUGAUGCUAUCAUAGGUAUGACCACUGUUACGAGUGUGUUCAUAGGCUUUUUUGUGAGUAAUACGACAUGGGUGAACUCCGCUGGUGGACUGGUCAUGUCGUUGUUGCUCCUCCAGUCAGGGAUUCACGAUGUUGUCGCGGCGUGCCAAGUACUGCAUGUCCAUUUGAGCAAACGAAUCAGAGAUGAUUGA